UGUCAUUCUGCGAGCGCAAAUUGUAAACAGGAUCCUGGCUGGAUUUGUUUUGACAUAUUAAUAGCCUAUAUUAAACAUAUGGCCUCAGAAUUAAAUGAGGACCGUCCUAAGGCCACGUCGAUUGCUAAUAUUUCCGUUCAUUCUCUUCGCCGGUGGGACAAUAUGGAUUACCUUGCAUUUAAAAAGUGACGAUUUGCUGUUACCCACUGCUGCCACAGGAGCAAUGAGCGACCACACACUUGACUACUUUCUGAAGAAGGGUCAUAUAGAAGAGAAGGACGCGGCGGUAAUUCAGUGGUACCAUGCAGCCAACAGCAGGUCCAAAUUCAACGAGGCGCUCAAAAGCUCCGCUCAUAUGAUUGAAGCUGACAUUCUUCUCAGAGGACUAGACCCCAUAGAGCCAAUCAUGGCCCACCCCCCUGAGAACGAUAGUGACAUCACCCUACAAGAGUGGUUAAAGGAGGGGACGGCAUCAGGCAAAGGACUAAAGCUUGACUUCAAAAGUUUACAGGCUGUUGCGCCCUCCAUGGUUCUUUUGGAACAAGUCCGUCAUGAGCUCCAAGCUCCUGUGUGGAUCAAUGCUGACAUUCUUCCUGGCCCUGGGGGCAAAGCUACCCCGUUGGAACCUCAGGCCUUCCUGGAUGCUCUGGGUGUGGGUGCACGGAACGCCGUCCUCUCUCUGGGCUGGACAACCGGAUGGAGCCCUAACACUGAUAACCCAGGAUACAGUUGGGAGAUGGUGAAGAAAAUGGACAAUGUGUGCAAACCCCUUGUACAGCCUGUCACCUUUCCUGUCCGAGCUUCCCUAAUGCCCCAGUCCUUCGGACCACUGCAGUGGCUCCUGCAACAAUCUGACCGGUACAGUCUGACUGUAUGGACGAGCCUGAGUGACACGUUGGUUGUGGAGGAUCUGUUACCUUACAGGCAGAACAUCAGCAAAAGCAGAGUCUAUUAUGACCUCCUAGAUUCACAGAUAGCACAGUUAAAGGCACUGCCAGGGUUUUCCUAAGGCAUCAUUUAUGCCUAAUCAUUCAUAUAUGUUAUUAUUUUAAAAUAAUUUUGUGCCAGUAUUUUUGUAUCCUUCAACAAUAGAAAGGUAUCUGUUUUGUAAGAGUCAGUUGAAUUUUAUUUGGUUAAGGGUAACACAAUGUCUUUUUUGAAAGCCACUUUACUUGAAGAUUGUCGCUACAAACUCUGUAUAUAAGAUUCUAUUGUCUUACAGUAAGUCAUCACUGAAAACAAACAUUUAAACACGGACUGCUUGAUGUUUUUUUAUUCAGUCCUUUGUUAAACUUAACACAGUUAUGUGGUCAAUAUGUUUCAGGAUUGUUUCUAUUUCCUACGCUUUUGUAUAGUCACAUAAUAAAAUAACUUCAUAUGAAUUGC